AUGGCCAACUAUGCCGAUUUCUUGGGAAAUUUUAAUUUCAACAUAAUAUAUAAAACGACAAAGGCUAACGCAAAUGCCGAUUAUUGUUCAAGAGCCGUUAAGGACGAUCAAAUUGACCGUGAAACGCAGGUUUCUGAAUUAGACGAUUUUGACAUCUUUAUGGUAAAACAAAUUGAUCAACUACCGACGAGCUCUGUUCAGAUUGCUUCGGAGACUAGAAAAGAUGCAAAACUUGGAGAAAUUAUCAGGAUCCUGGAAAGCGGAAAAUCGCUCCACUCGUAUGGUUAUAAGUCACCUGAAAUAAACUAUAGAAUGGCCGGCAAUUGUUUGACAUUUGAGCAUAGAGUCGUUAUACCGGAAAAGCUUCGCAUGAAAAUUCUACAGGAUCUGCACUCUGCACAUUUGGGCAUCGUCAAAAUGAAGGGGAUAGCGAGGUCGUUUGUAUAUUGGCCUGGCAUCGACAAGGAUAUUGAGAGUGUCGCAAGAAGCUGUGUGCAUUGUUCGGAACGUGCAAAUGAACCACCAAAAGCCCGAGACCAUCAUUGGCACUACCCAAAGGGACCGUGGGAGCGAAUUCAUGUGGAUUAUGCGGGACCAUUCUUAGGGUCUAUGUUACUGAUUGUAGCUGAUGCGUACAGUAAGUGGAUUGAAGUAAAGGUAACAUCUAGCAGCAAAUCCAUUGAUACAAUUAACAUCCUUGACGAACUUUUUACUAACUAUGGGGUGCCAACUAUAAUAGUGACCGACAAUGGCACAUGUUUUGCAUCAGCAGAGUUCAAAGAGUUUCUCACUAGAGUCGGAGUUAAAUACCACAAAUUUACUGCACCAUACCACCCGUCUACUAAUGGUCAGGCUGAAAGAUCAGUACAAACAGUGAAGAAUGCUUUAAAAUCAGCCGGGGCGAGUAAGAAUGAUCUACAGAAACACCUCAAUAUAUUCCUCCGCUAUUAUAGAAUCGCCCCCCAUGCGACAACUGGUAAACCCCCAUCUCUUCUAUUCAUGGGACGUGUAUUACGCACUCAUUUGAAUUUACUAUUACCUGGUGAACUGUCUUCAGAAAUAGGUGACAAGCAAUACAUGAAGUUGGAGCCCUCAUUUCGAACCGUUGCCCCAAUGCAAAAUGUAUAUUUCCGGUCCUAUGGUACGCACGACCCUAAGUGGCUACCAGGUUUGGUUUUAAAUCGUUUGGGGGAUUUGCACUAUGAAAUUCUAUAUAAGGGAAAACGUAUGAAGCGACACAUCGACCAAAUUAGAGGCAAAGUGGAUAUGAAUAUGGCGAACGAAACUAAACUUAGUGCUGAAACCGUGCAGCGAAGAAGAAGAUCUCAAUUCAACGGGGAUAAGGGGCAUUCGUUGCCACAUGAAUCUGCCGAUAACUCGUUCACUGACUCAACAAGCUUCUCAACACCCCAAGGAGAUCUCACAAAUACUCCAAACACAACUAUAGAUGACUAUUCGGCGCCACAAUCUGUUGAUUGA